GCUAUUUAUCUGGGGCGAAAGACACUGCAAAAACACCUAUUUGAAGUCUUUGACCAAACCCUUAGUAUUAUAAUUUGUACUGCCUCUGCAAAUCUGUUUUUGUUCACUGAAAACCAUGAAUAAUACUGGGCAACAGCUAAUUCUCUUCAUUAUCACCAGCAGCUUUACCAUCCACAGAACCAUUAUCCCAUUGCCUUCAUUAUCAGCAGUGGAAAAACCUCACCCAUGGUUAUACCAAGGAGAAUGACACAAGCAAAGUUAUUGUAAGCAAGAGACUCAACGCCACCAGUGUUCCAUAGGACAGAUAUCUGUGUGCAUGCUAUGCUAACAGCUGAGAUAAUAACCGCAUUCCUUGUUGUGUGUUUAGAAGUACAGAUCCUUGUCAGAUGUGUGGAUCACUAUCCAGGGAGAGACUUUGUUCUCUUCAGAGGCGGCUUUCUUUCCUGUUUCUGUGAAACAAGGGGCAAGCGGGGAGUUCCUCCAUGUUGCCAUGUUAUCCACUCAGGCUGGUUCUAUGGAGACCAGUUUACGGAUACUGACCUCUGGAAACUGGGAUGUGACAAAGGUGGUGGCAUAUAAUCCAGAAAACAAGACUGUUUACUUUUUGAGUACCGAGGAUAUGCCCAGGAGAAGACACCUUUACAGCGUAGAAACAUCAGGGACUCUAAACCGGACUUGUGUGAGCUGUGAUCUUAUUCCUGACUGUCAUUUUGUGGAUGCAGAAUUCAGCCCUGGAUCCAGCUACUUCAUCCUCUACUGCAAAGGCCCAGGAGUCCCUCAAGUCUCAGUGCACCAAACCCAAAACCCUCAAGAUUUUAUAAUACUGGAGGAAAAUAAGAUACUGAAGGCUUCUCUUAACAAAAAUGAUAUGCCCGAGACUGUAUAUAAAAAGAUUCAUAUUGAGGGAUACGACUUCCCACUGCGCCUGACCCUUCCCUCCAACUAUGAGAACUCAGAAUUCCCUUUGGUUCUGUGGCUACCAGAAGUUCCAGGAUAUCAGCAGGUCACAGAAGAAUUUUCUCUUGGAUGGGAAUCUGCACUUGUAAGCUCCUUCCAGAUUAUUCUAGCUCAUAUCGAUGGCAAAGGAUCAAGGAACCAGGGGCUGCAUUUGCUCCAUGAAACAGAUCGCAGACUGGGCUCUAUUGAGAUGAAAGACUACAUACCCAUUGUACAGCACCUAAAACAACUUCCAUUUGUGGAUAAAUAUCGUAUUGGAGUGUUUGGUAAGGCAUAUGGAGGAUUUUUGGCCCUGAAGCUGCUGUCUCUACCUGAGCAGUUGUUUGCAUGUGGUGUUGUUGUCUCUCCUAUCACCAGCUUCCACCUGCACUCUGCAGUGGUUUCCGAGCGGUACCUUGGACUGCCAUCCCAAGAGGCUUCUGCCUAUACGAUGGCCUCUGUACUGAACGAUGUUCAGAGGCUUCAGGAACAGCACUUUCUCCUGGUCCAUGGCACAGCAGAUGGUGAGAUUACCAUCCAUGAACUGCACAGCUGCAUGUAGGACAACCUCAUCAGAAGCCCACGUGCAUUUCCAGCACACUGCAGAACUACUGAGUCGCCUGAUUCACGUGGGAUCCAAUGUUACCAGCAGGGUUUACCCUGAUGAAGAUCAUUUUUUUAUGUCCAGAGGAAGUCAGCAUCACUUAGAGCGAUCUCUUACCUCUUACCUGCACAACUGCCUUCGAGCCGGAGGCGGAAGGAAGACAUCCCAGUGAGCACAGAGGAGACACACGAGAGGAGCCAGUGCUGCCUACAGCCAUUAGCCUGUGUAAAGAAAUGGCCAGUGCAUGGCACUUAUAUUGCUCAUGUGUAGCUUGUGGCUGUGGCUGAACACACACAGUUGAGACAAGGGAAACCCAGCUGUGGACUGAAACACAAACUACAGCUUGUUCCACCCACAUACUAAGAGA